AUGCCCUUGAGACUGGCGUCUUGGACUAUCGUGCGUCGUGUCGCAAGCUGCGUCAACCUCUGUGCUGUUCCGACUGCCAUGAGGAAAUCCCACGGUACAUUUAGAUCGUCGUCUCAUUCAACGGAUGAUGCAUUGGACAAUCACGUUCCCUCGGGGCAUCAGCCAACAUGCGCGAAGCAAGUCGUCGACCACAGACGGACGCCCGUCUGUCGAUUUUCCUUGGGGAGUGUGCAAUCUAUCACUCGUGAUUGCCCCAGGGUAGCAUGGUGA